CGCUUCCCAUUGGUCUAAAUGAAAUGAAGAAGACAGCCAAUCGGAAGGGUUCUUUUUCGCGCCCAGAGAAAACUAUAAAAUUCAAGCUCUUACCACUUUCGUCUACACAGUUGCUAACGGCUGUUUUCUGUUCGAGAUGUCUGGACGCGGCAAGCAGGGCGGCAAGGCUCGCGCCAAGGCCAAGACCCGCUCCUCCCGGGCCGGCCUGCAGUUCCCCGUGGGCCGCGUUCACCGCCUCCUCCGCAAGGGCAACUACGCGGAGCGGGUGGGCGCCGGCGCCCCGGUGUACCUGGCGGCCGUGCUGGAGUACCUGACGGCCGAGAUCCUGGAGCUGGCUGGCAACGCGGCCCGCGACAAUAAGAAGACGCGCAUCAUCCCGCGCCACCUGCAGCUGGCCAUCCGCAACGACGAGGAGCUCAACAAGCUGCUGGGCCGCGUGACGAUCGCCCAGGGCGGCGUCCUGCCCAACAUCCAGGCGGUGCUGCUGCCCAAGAAGACCGAAAGCCACCACAAGGCCAAGGGAAAGUAAUUUUACAAUCGUCAGCAAUUGCGAAGACUUCAGAAUCAAAGGCUCUUUUCAGAGCCAUCUACAAUGUCUCUUAAAGCGCUGAACAUCUUUGUACAGAGGGUGACAGAUGCAGAUUUACUGGUGAUAUGUUUCUCUUAACAAACAUGUUGGCGAUUUAUGUACCAGAAACGGUGCUGAGAUAUUUUGAGCUAUAUUUAACAAACGUAUAAGUAUAGGCUGGGCAGUGAUGCUGCCUUUUCUCUCAGUAUGUCACAGGCAGGGCCAGACAAAUAUCGCUUGUUCAAAAACGAAACUCAACAAAAUUGAGGCUUAGUAGAUCUAGUUUUUCCCUGUCAGCUUCCCAUCUGGAAUUUAGCAUUAGACAUCCCACGAAUUGAUACUUUUAUUUCUCCUUGUUUACUUGACAUCUUUUUCAACCAUAGGGGUUAAAGAAUAUAAGUGUUGACAGUCUUGUGGUAGCCACUCAGGUGGCCACUUACAAGUUUUAAAUUCUUAACCUGUGUCUUGUUUUUGUUUCUGUGUUUUCCUAGUUGCCUUUGAUACAGGAUUUCAGUGUUGUAGCCCUGGCUGUCCGUGCGCUCACCGUGGCAUCAAGCUAGACAUCCGCCUGUCCUUGCCUCUGGAGUGCUGGGGUAAAAGCACACCGGCCUAAUAAAUCUUAGUUUGUGUGUUUUUGGU